AUGUAUUGUGCAGUAGGUUGUUGAUUGGAUUUAACAUUGUCUCGCAGGUGUGACCAAAAGGUGAAGAACUAAAUCAAAAUGAAAACAAUUCUUCCGCUCCUUCUUGUUGCGACAGCGUGUCUUGGGGAUCUGGCGACGGAUCCAAUACUCUAUCCCUAUGGUCCAUCAGAGGGUGACAGAAUAACCCCCAGAAAAGAUGACGGGGCAACUAGUGCCAUUCCAAUCUCUACUCCAUUUGUAUUUUUUGGAAAGAAGCACAAUUCUCUAUACGUGAACAAUAAUGGGGUGAUCUCAUUUGGUGUGGCCGUGUCCAAGUACACCCCUGAUGCUUUCCCUCUGACAGACGGAAGCCCCUUUGUUGCUCCCUACUGGGGGGACGUCAACAAUCAAAUAGCGGGGAAAGUUUAUUACCGUGAAAGCAAAGACCCAAAUCUAUUGGAUAGGAUAUCCAAGGACAUGAAGGAGUAUUAUCCAAACUUUAAUUAUAGGGCCACAUGGGCCUUUGUCGCCACUUGGGAUAAAGUCGCCUACUUUGGAUCAAGAUCUAAAAAGACAAACACUUUCCAGGCUGUUCUAACCAGCAACGGUAAACUAGCCUUCAUCAUCUUGAACUAUGGGCCCAUUACUUGGACAACAGGAAAAGCCAGCGGGGGAGACCCCCUUACAGGAUUAGGAGGUAUCCCAGCACAGGCUGGUUUUAACAGUGGAGACAAGACUCAUUACUUUAAUAUUCCCGGGUCAAGGACACCUGAUAUUGUUAAUAUUAAGAAGACAUCCAAUGUAAACACCCCUGGACGUUGGGUCUUUGAGGUGGACAGGUUCAGGCCGGCGGGUGGAUGUGUAUAUGAAGCUAACUUUGUGCGCUACAACGAGACCUUCUGGAAGGACCCCACCUGCGAGAUGAAGUGCAAAUGCAACAUGGAUGGAGACGUGGAGUGCGAGGAGGAGUGGUGCUCCAGCAAUUUGCUCUGUCAGUCCUCGACCUGGCACUACACGUGCAGAAUCGGCAUCGGCCAAUGCUUUUAAGGGGGACUCAUCACAUAUUACCCUUUGUAUUGUCAUCACUUGAGCUUGGGUAGUGUUCUGUUCAUUACCUUCACAUUAGAGAUUCAGAUUUACCUUAUUUAGUUUAAAAAUGUAAUGAAUAUGCGCUUUGCUUUGCUAAUCCUCCUUAUCUCUUUCACUUUCUUUGCCAAAUCAGCCAUAGGUAUCAGUCAUAGGUGUCUCCAAGCAGAAAUGUAGUAGAUGUGUAGGAGCUGCUUUGUCUAGUGGGACACUGGCUCUGAUCCUGUUGCUGAUACAAUUCAGAAGAUAAUGAUUAUAUUAUAUAUACCAUGACCUGGAUGAAUGAAAAUCUUCAUAGUCAUAUUCAGAAGAUAAUAUUCCCUGUAGCCAUAGACAGAGACACAAAUACCCCCAUUUGCUUCUUUUCUGCCUCUUAUCAACCAAUAUUAAAAUGCUAGGGUUCAGCAAGCAUGGCAAGACGAUUCCAGUUUCAUAAUCCUUCAUUGGCUGCAGCAGCAACAAAACAACAGUUGCUCUAUGUCAUCAAGUCUUUCAUUUAUCUACUAGUAAUGUAGCCAUGACUGCUUAUGGGGAACAGAUUGGAUAAGACAAUGGUCAAUGAAGACCCAACCACCUUGAGAGGAGACAAGCAUUAUUGCAGUUCACCCUCCUACAUGUCAAUGUAAAUUUAGAUAAAUGGUGUUCACUGGCAUUAGCAGUCCCAUAACUCCCAAAUGGCAAAGGUUGUUGUCUUUUCAUCUGCCCCUCUAUUAACCAGCCCUCUGUUCUGCUAAAAGACCAAGUAGUCCUCAGCGGAGAAGCUAUGACCUCUCUAUGGUGUUUGCUGAAUGCUUGAGAACUUCAUAUACACAUUCACGUGCCUUAAGGUGCCAAGGCAAUUGAAUGUAACUUUGUGCUAGGGGUGAACCAUAUUUCAAUAACAUAUCCUCAACAAUAGAUUUGGCUGAACCUUGAAAUGAAUCCUGGAUUCGGUGCAUCUCUAUCUCUGUAAGAUAAAUUGGAUGAAAAUGCAAUGUUUGGUGCGAGGGAGGGGGGGGACAUUAUGUUUCCCUAUUCUAAGUUUUAAAAGCAGGGUUAGAAAUAUGAAAUAAAGAAUUAUUAGCAUAACAGAAAA